CUGAGAUUUAUUUAAAGGAGGAAAGAUAAACUGGUGGAACUCAGAGCUGGUACACAGUCAAAUCUCAGAGACUCCUUUCACCUUUACUGCACUCUUAAACAUUGAAGAAAAAUGAAGACUUUGGUCCUGACUCUGGUUCUUGCCCUGAUGUUGAUGAGUGGUUCUGCUCUGAAAUGCUACCAUUGUGUUCCUCGUUAUGAUGGCAGCUGUACUACCACUACUGAAACCUGCGGCUAUAAGAAAGACGCCUGUGUCUCUGCUUACUUCACCAACCGCCCCUUUACCUAUUUCAGGAGAUGCAUCUCUAGGUCAGAUUGCCUCAUUCUCCAGGCCAGUCCUAGCAUUAAAGCCCGAUGCUGUCAGAGUGACCUCUGCAAUUAGGACACUGCUGGCCCAUGAACAUGCUUGAUCUAAAAGAUGAUCUCUUCACUAUUCCUGUUUUCUGUUCAUUUUAGUUUUCAAUUAUAUAUUCAGCAACAUCAGGAGGCUCUUCGGUUCUUUAUCUGGGUUUGUUUUUAUUCAUACAAAGCCUGAAAAACCUGUUCUGAAAAAAAAAUGCUUUUUAAAUAAAGUCCUUCCCACAGCAA